ACAGCACUUCCGGUGCACGUAGUGCGGAGGAGAGGCGUAGUGGGCGCAGCAUCCCGGGAUACAAAGAAAGACAGCCACAAUGGCAGAUAUCUCUUUGUAUCUCACCAACGUUAACGUGUCUGUGACGCGGAGCAUGGAUGGAGAGGAGAGCUCCAGUCCCAGCCCGGUGAGGGACUUUGAGAGCGUGGAGCUGGGAGAGCUGGAGAGGCCAGAGGAGCACAGUCCCAGGCAGAAGGAGAAGGUCCCCAGGAGGAUCAUCCACUUCUCCAGCGGUGAGACCAUGGAGGAGUACAGCACUGAUGAAGAGGACGAAGAGGAGGCAGAGAGGAAGGACCUGCUGCCCCAACCCGCUCAAGUGUCCAAGAUGACGUGGGGCCCAUACUUCUGGUUUCACAUGUGGAGAGCUGCAACAUCCACCAUUUCAGCUUGUGACUACCUGGGCGAGAGGAUGGCCAACCUGUUUGGUAUCACAUCUGCCAAAUAUCAAUACGCCAUCGAUGAAUACUACAGAAUAAAGAAAGAGAGAGAAGAGGAGCAGGAGGAGAACCGUCUGUCCGAAGUGGCCGAGCGAACCUUCGACCAAACUGAGGAAGAAGAAGAGGAGGAAAAAGAGGAGGAACAAACCGCAAAGCCAAGGGAGAGGGACACUUCUGCGUCUGACGUGGGCUUUCAGAUCGAGGACGAAAACCAAACUGCCUCAAAUACAAUCAGAGUCCCGGCUAUCGUCACGGCAACCUAACCGGAUAGAAAUGGACUGGAGCCGUAAUGUCGUUAUGUCACAGAAGAAGGAGCACUGUUUCGUCUCACUAAGCACUGUUAUGGUUUGUGUAAUGGGCGUGAUCCACUUACAGUAUAACACGGGUUGGUACAACGCUGGAAAAAAGACGUACAAACAGCUUCAUUUUGUCUGAUCACCAAAUUGGAUGAUCACAGUUUUCAAUUCCGUUGUGUUACAAACAAAAACGGCUUUGAAUAUUAAUUUCCUCAAUGUAAACUACCCAAACGUUAAAGUUACGUUUAAAUAAUUUACAUUGAAAUAGUCAAAUCCUUUCCUCCAAAGUCUGAAGUCUGCUCCAAAACAGCAGUGGUGGAUGAAGUACUCAGUUUUUUUACUUAAGUAAAAGUACAGAUACAGAGAGAAAAAGUUACUCAAGUUCAAGUAAAUCGUAGUAGUAUCACAUGAAAAAAUAAAAGUAUAAAAGUAUUUCACACCAGUGUUGUUAAUUUGUUAAACGUAGUGAUAUUAAUUUAAAAAAAGAUACAGAUUUUGGUCAGCAGUAGAAGAACAAAUCUUUUUUUUUUUUUUUUUUUCUUAUGAAUUUUGUGUAUUUGUGUGUUUGCUCAAAGCCAAAACUUGAACUUGACACUUUAGUCAUCAUAUGAAAAGUACUUUUACUUUUCAGUCCUGUUCAAAAAUGUAGUGGAGUAGAAAGUGCAGGUACUUACUCUUAAAUGUAGUGAAGUAAAAGUAAAAAGUACCCACUGUAAAAUUGACUUAAGUAAAGUACAGAUACCUAAAAAUCCUACUUAAGUACAGCACUUUAACACUUGUACUUCAUUACCUUCCACCGCUGCAAACUAAGCUGCGUUUACUGACAGAGGAAUGGCUGCAAACCACUUAUUAUAAAUUAUUGACGAUUAGAAAUAAGUGAAUCUCUGUUUUGAUUCAAAAUUCAAAUUCGACUCAUUGCACCGCUGUAGUUUAACUGUCAAAUGCCGCCAUCCAGACUGACAAAGGCAACAUAAUAGAUGAGUUAUAAACAGAACAUUGUUGUACCAACCCAGGCAUAUUUUACUGCUCAGUGGAAAAAAAAGGCAAGAUUUUAAGGGCAUUUUAACCGCAGUGGCUUUUCCAACAUCAUAGCAACUGAUGAAAUUGGCACUUUAUUCACACUAUUUCUUUAUGCAAAAAGUAAUAGUGAGUUAGUAGCAUUUUAUCUUGAUUUAAGAAGAUUUGGCUUGUAAGUAAAAAAAGAAAAAAACAUUAGUUUCAGUUUAAAGCGCCUGUAUUACGCUAUUUUCUGAUCUAUUUUAUGUUGUUUCCACAUCAAAAACAUACCUUGUUCACACAUAACACCAAACCCUCCAUAUUUAGGCUGCGUUCUUCUCUCAAGCAAAAAACACUCCGUUCCACCUUGUGACGUCAUGUCGUAAUACACAAAGUGCUCCACUGUGUUUUUAAACUCCACACACCUUCACUAGAAUCAUUUGGAUUAUUUCAACCCUCGAAUUGCCAAUCGCUAGAAACCAAAAGGUAAAAGGCAGCCGUUAACUUGAAAACAAUCACUACAUGACAUCACAAGGUGGAACAGAGGAUUUGGAGCUUUGGAGGUGUAGACAGACUAAUAACAAAGGAUUGGUGAAACAUGUGUGAAUGAAACAAAACACAAUUUAAGGUAUGUUUUUGCUGAGGUAAUGACAUUAUAACAUGACUCAAAGCUCAUAAGAGUCAAUGUUGUGUAAUGUAGGACCUUUAAGCUGAAAAAAAGGUUACUACAGUGCGUUUUACAGUUUGAUCAGUUGCUAAAAACACUUCCCUUUUACAUUCUCAGCUGGGGAGUGAGGGUAAAAGUUGCUCUUAUCUACACCAGACACUGUGCCUAAAACUCUACAACAGCCAAGUGGAUCAUAUUUUUGAAUAGGUCUUUGUCUUAACACGAAAUGUUCAGUAUCUGGAUCUGAACAAGUUUACACCUGACUGCACUGUCUACUUAAUGUGACAACACCGUUAGUCAAAGUAUGAGUGGAUUAAACUGUGUGUCCAUGACUUCUAGUUGUAAUUAUAAUCACACGAUGACAACCGAUGAAAUCAAGUUGAGUUUCGAUAGCCUUAUUUGGUCUAAAGCACUAAAUGUUGUGUGAUCAUGUGUGCAAAACUACUGACUUGUACUUGUUAUUUAAUUGGAUAGUUUGACACUUUUUACAUAUUGGUUUGAAUGAACUGACAGAGCACUUAUGUUUGGAUGGGUUACUCGUAUUUUAUAUUAAUGCUUUAUUUAUACAGUGUUUUGUUAAAUAAAAUAUUUCUCUUGAUUAU